AUGUCACUCCUCCUACAGACCAUGGAAGUUCUGAAUUUAAAGAAGCCAGCUGAGCUAGGUGUCACAUAUGAUCAAAGUGAACUUAAACAAUUUCUUCAGUGUAUGCCUUAUAUUACUGAAAUAAGGUUUAGUGCUGCUGUCUGGGAGCCUGAAGACAUCCACAAGAUUGUAAAGAUUGUUGCUGAUCUUUUUAUUCUCGCUUCCGAAAGUAAAGAGGAGACACUAUGGAGCCUUUCAACAGCAUGCAGCCACUCAACCUUUCCCUUUGCUGAAGACAACAAAGAGAUGCAGAGCUCUUUCUUUUUGGAAAUCUUCACCCAGCUGACACAAAGUUCAUCAGGGAAGACAUUACUGCCUGCAUUGAAGCCCAUUCUCAUGGUUGCCCCUGCUGUAUGGGUAGUGGAUUUGCAAAAACUAGAGAAGACUCUUGCUCCUAUUGAAAUGCUGAAGCUUCAGCCAGCUGUCAAGAAAACAGUGGAGCUGAGGGGCUGGUCAUAUGAUACAGACAAACUAAGGAAUUUCCUAAAUUAUCUACCCUAUAUUUCACACCUUUGCUGUGCUGAGCAGUUUUUCCAGACUAUAUGUGAAGUCCUCUCACCAGACAGGGAAUGGAAUCCAAAGCAAGUCUCUGAGCUUUUACGGUCUCUUGGAUUUAACAUUUCUUUGAUGGAGAUGCUGCCAAGUCGAAUCUGCAAGGCUCUUGGCACUGUUUUUAAAGAGUUGAACUCCGAAGAGGACAUUUCUCUUAGUCUUCUCCCUAAAAACAUCUCUUGUCUGGGUUCUGCUUACCUCUUUUCAAAUGUGAAAAGACUUCAAACAUUAAGAGUAAAUGAAAUUGCAGCAUCAAAGCUGGGAUGUCUGGUCAGGUCAGAUAAUAAAAUAAAUUCCAUAAUUGUGGAAGAGCUGUCUUUGGUUUUGUCAACCUCUCAUCUACCAGAGAGAGCACUUUGCAAGCUAUUAAGCAGCAUGACUGUACUUCUUAGAGCCUGGACAAUCCACAACUUGAAUCUCUCAGAAUUUAAAAUUGAGGCUCACUUACUCAUCUGCCUGCUGUGUCAUCAGGGACCCUUGUCCAUUAAAUUUCAUGAAGACACUCUGCAACAACUAGCGGAAGUCGUAUAUGAUGCUCAAGAUGAAAAUCUGACUCAGGUGUUCCUGGAGAAAAUUAAUGGAGAUUUGUCACCAUGUAGUCUGUCCUGGGAUGUUUUGUAUUAUCUAAUUCAAAGCACAAAAAAGGAAGUAAAACUAGACCUUCGAGAGGGCAUAUUUAAUAUUCUAAACAUUCCAAGCCUUCUUGCUGUACUGGACCUUGUUCACUUUAAAAGGAUAAGCCCACGAUUUGUCAGGGCUGCAUUGAAAGAGAUAUACCAGAAACGUGCAGGUCACCUGAUUGUAAAAUUUGUACGAUCUUCAGCUGACCUGAUUAACCUUUGCAUGAGAGAGUUGGACUCAACUGACUGCAAAGCCCUCUGCUUUGCCCUGCACUAUAGUGAUGGUGUUAAACUCAACCUGUUGAAUGCUGUCAUACCAAAUAAUGAGAUUGAGAGCAUUGUCAAACUUCUGCAAAGAGUUUCUGAUCUUAGGAUUGAUAGAAAGCUGUUGUUGAACUUUCUCCAUGCCUCUAAGUACAUUGAAAAACAAGGUUAUUCAGCAUCUGCCCUCUUGACCGCACUGAACCACAAACUGGAUUUCUCUUGCCAUUCUUCCAUCGGCAGUGGUCGAUUUGGUCAUGACAAUGGGGAUCUUCUUACUCUCAGUCUUAUGGACUUUACAGCCAUUUCUGCUGCAAUUAAAACAUCAGCCUGUGACACAGAAAUAAAUUUAUAUGACUGCCAAGCAGAUGAUUCAGCACUUGAGAUUUUGUUCCCUAUUUUACACAACGUGCAUCUUCGAUUGGGCAAACACCUUCUUUGUCAGAUUCUGACCUUGAUUUUAAAUGCUCCUAAUAUGGCUAUGUCUUUGAAGUGGGCAUUAUCACUUUCUAAAGCACUUGGACAAGAGCUGGACCUUAGUUACACUCCUGUUAACUACCGCAUUUGUGAGUCUCUGCAGUUGGUCUUGGAUAACACAGAGGAGCUUGCACAUCUUAAUCUGAGUCAUUGUCAGCUCACUGAUGCCUGCUUGGAUCUUUUGCUCCCUUACCUUUGCAAAAUAUUGAUUCUAGAUCUUACUGGCAAUGACAUAACUGACAAAGGAGCACAGAGGCUGUGCAAAGCCUUAGAUGGAAACAGUUUAACAAAGACGAUAUGGCUUUGUGACAACCAAAUAAUAGAGAUUGGCCUCCUGGUGGAAGAAGCACGUAUUGAAACCCUACAUGCUAAUAAAAAAAGAUGUGCCCAACAGCAGAGUUUUAUCUCAAAAGAUUUGGGACCAAGCCAGAUGGAAAAAACACUCAAGACUUUUAUUAAGAGAGAAGAUCUUAUGAAGGACUUUGAGCCUGAACAAGCAGUAAAUAAUGGAAAAAUUUCUUAUAGGUUUAAGUGCAACACAGGAGGUCUUUUCAUGUGCAGGGAAACUGGGCUAGUGUUUGGAAUGAAAGGAAGUGGUUGUGUAGAGUACAGUGUGGUUCACUGGGAUAUGCGGCACCUAAUCAACACUCGCUAUAAGCCUGCUGGGCCUCUGUUUGAUGUCACAACCCCUACAGGAGAAAUCUAUGAACUUCACCUGCCACACUGUGAGACACGUGUUGAUGAAAUUGGAAAUCUGUCUGUUGUACAUUUACACAAGGACAUUCUGGAAUUCCUCACUCCUGUUAAGAUGACAAAAUCACAUAUAGCUGUCAAUGUCUUUGGGUUAUCUCAAUAUGGUGUUGUGGAUGAGAGUGGUCAGAAUAGCAAAAUGCUUAGUGGGCAGGUGCUGCUGUUCCAGGAACCUGAUAUGUCUGAAACACAACAAAGAAUAUGGGUGUUCUUAUUGCCAAGCAAUGUCCCACUGUCAGAGAUAAAAGAACAGCAACGUGAGUAUGUGUUCAUCCAAACCAGUUCUGACUGCAAAUUAAUGCUAAAUUCGAAGUACACUCUGAUCUCCAAAAAAGCCAAAAAAGUUCAACCAAAGGAAAUAGAUUUUGAACCCUUGCAUGCUGGUAAUCACCAUCCGACAUUUGAGGUCUUCUUAGAUAAAUGUGUGACUGAAUUGCGAAUAAAAAUUCAGCUUAAAAGAAAAGAAAGCAAUAAUAUUAUCUACAAAAAUGUAUGGAAGCGUCGGAUAAUUCUGAAGACAACAGGAGGUAAUCACACACAAAUGAGAUCUGAGGAACAUUCUAACGUUUCAGGGAAAAGACAUACCAGAAAAUUGGAAAACUGGAAAUCUGAUCUUAGUGCAAUCAUGGAGGAACUGUCCAGUGAACAUCUCAAGAAGCUGAAGUAUUUAAUGCAGAACUGUGGUAACAGAGAUUCCAUUCCUUUGGCUAAACUUGAAAAAGCAGAAAACAGGUAUGAGUUGGUGAAUUUGGUUGUUGAGACAUGGGGAUUUGAAGAAUCUCUGAAAGCCAUUAAUGAGUUCAUGAUUAAGCUCCCUCGUAGAGAUAAUGUUGUGACAGACCGACUGGAGCCAUAUCUUAAACAGUUUGACCUUUAGAGGCAUUUCACAGACAUUAUUUUUUUUUUUUCUUGAUUAAUAUUUGUAUUAAUAUAUUAAACAAAUAAAAGCAAAACAUAUACAAACAGAAUCAAUACUUAACCCCCUGUAUAAUCUAGAGGGGGUCCAAUAAAAUCUAUGUAAAAUAGAUCUUAGUCCACACUGCUUCCUCCAAUACCAAGUUCAAAUCUUUCACCCCUAAUCUCUUGAUAGAAGUUAAAGCUCAGUUUCCCAGACUCUGAAUUAGUAGGGAGUAAUACACUGAUGCCUCAAAAGCAGUAAUCACCUCUCCUAAAGUAUCUGCUGCUAUAGGGAGGCAAAAACAAAACAGAGCAGGUGAUGCAGCUGUAAAUACCUAUAAAACUGAGAUCUGGGAAUCCCAAAAUGAUGAACCAAAUUCUCAAAAGAUCUCAACACUCCACUCUCAUAUAGGUCACUGAGUGUAGUAACCCCCCUCACAAUUCACUCUGACCAACAGAAAGGGGACUUAUUAAUACGUAAUUUUGGUUUCAGCCAUAUACUUCAGGCAGCAUUUAAAUAAACGUCAGAAUUAAACACUCUGGACACUUUUGUCCAAACCACGUGCAAAUGUGAGAUAAUAAGAUGUGACUUAACUUUUCCAGUUAGUUUGAUAGAAAGGCUUUGCAUUGGUGAAAUAGGGGCAAGAACUUCCUGUUCAAUAAGAAACCAGGGAGGGGAUCUCUCAGGUGGAAGCGACCAAUGAGCCAGACUGAAUGCAUAAUAAUAAAACUAAAUUUUGGGUAGGCCUAGCCCACCUUUGUAACUUGUUGAAAUGUAAUCUUGGACGUUUACCAUUCCAAAUAAAGGACUUCGCUGUGAUAUCAAAUUGCUUGGAAUAAGCAGGUAGUUUUCAUUUGAAUAACAUUAACCUUCCAAAUCAUAGAUAAAUGUGAUGAAGCCCACCUAUUCACAUCACUCGAAAACCUUUAUAUUUAAAGGGUCGAAAUUAACUCUAACUAAAUCACACAAAUUAGUUGGGAAUAAAAUGCCCAAAUACUUUAUACCCUGUUUGGGCCACUGGAAUGGUAAAUCUGUUACUGGGCAGUACACUGUAAGAGCCAAAGCUUUGGAUUUAGACCAGUUGAAUCUGUAACCUGAUAACUUAGAGAAGGAACUAAUAAUUCUGUUGAGACAAGGCAUAGAUCUAAUGGGGUCAGAGACAAAUAAUAAAUUAUCAUCUACGUAAAUAAAAAGCUUAUGCACCACACCUCCCGCCAUUGCCCCUGUAAAAUCAUCCUCCUUAUCGCGGCUGCUAAUGGUUCCAGGGCAAGACAGAACAAUAAUGGGGACAUUUAAAAAAAAUUCAUUUAUCCAUUUGUUUGUACUGCCGCUACAAGGUGUCUAUAAAGUAACUUAAUUCAUUCAAUAUAAGUAUUCCCGAACCCAUACAUUUCCAAAAUCUUAAAAAGAUAAUCCCAUUCUACCAUAUCAAAUGUCUUUUUGGCAGUAAGUGAGAUGGCAGCAACCAGAGUCUGAUCAUUCGCCACUGACCACAUGAUAUUGAUGAAAUGCCUAAUGUUAUCAGAAGAGCUGCAGCCCCGAAUAAUCCCCACCUGAUCUAUAUGUAUAAGAAAUGUCAUAACUUAAUCGUCAUAGCUAGAAUUUUUGCUACAAUUUUAACGUUCAGGGAAAUCAGACGGUAACUCUUACACUCGCUUGGAUCUUUGUCUUUUUUAAGAAUCAGUCUGAUCCGGGCUUGUGUCAGGGCCUUAAAUACCUAAUCAAGCUCCUCCAAUGUUAUUUCAGAAUCAAGAGAAUUUUUUUGCUCAGUUGUCAGUUUUGAUUCCUAGGAUUCCACUAAUUUUCUACAAUCAUCAAGAAACGAAGACGUGGAACUAUAAAGGUCAAGAUAGCAUUAUUAAUAUCGAUGGACAAGGUAAAUAUUUUACCAGAUUUCACUGAGGGAAGUGUAGAAAAAGAUAUCUAGCUCUGCUUUAUCUAGCCAAAGGCUUCCCUGCUUUGUCCCCUGACUGUCUUGCCCUAAAUAACCAAAACUCCACCUUCCGUGUCAAAAUAGUAUUCUAUCUGUAUUUCAAUCGGGUCAAUUCUCUGAGGCCAUCAGAUGACAUUCGUUGCUUCAGUUCUGUCUCUGUACUUUUAAUAUUCUCUUCCAAGUCCCUGAGUUCUCAUGCUUAGGAUUUUUUGAUGAAUGAGGGAUACUGUAUGACCUGACCCCUGAGAACUGCCUUAAUUACAUCCCAAGAUAUGCCCACAGAGUAUACUGAAGACCAGAUGGUCUCCAUAUAUAAAUUGAUUUCAGCCUUUAACAUUUGUUGGAAAUCAGGAUUUUGCAAAAGGGGUACAUUAAAGCACCAACUAUAUGAUUUCUUUUUCUCCAUAUGUGGCAACAUUUCUAAACUCACCAGGGUGUGAUCUGAGACUAAGAUGUUUCCAACUGAGCAAUCCACAACAGAUGAAAUGAGGCACUUAGAUAUAUAAAAAGAAAAUCUAUUCUUGAGUAAAUCUUAUGGACUGAUGAAAAAAAUGUAUAGUCCCUACCAGAUGGGUUCAAUAUCUGUAAGACCAAUAUUUUAACACAUCCUGUGAGGCAUCAAUGUUGCUCAAGGGGGCUUAUACACUUAUGCUUCACUAUGAUCAAGGACUGAAUCCUUGAAUCCAUCAAUAGACUAAAGUCUCCUCCCAAUAUUAUGUCAUGAGGGGUGUCAGCAGCUUGCAAUAUCCCUUCAAGAUCUAUAAAAAAGCCCUGAUCAUCAGCUUUAGGUGCAUAAAUAUUAGCCAAAAUCAACCUUUGCCCCUGAAUUUCUGAUAAAACAAUAAUUAUUCUUCCUAAUUUAUCUUUAAUCUGUUUAAGACAUUUGAAUUGUAGAUGCUUAUCAGUGUAAUGACUCCCCUGCUAUUACUUGAGCCAACACUAAAUAAAACAUACCCACCCCAUAUCUCCCCAAAUGUUUCAGCUACUCAAGAUAAUCAAUACAUCUGUCGAUGUCCCUGAUACUUGUAACCAUCUAAAUUUUGUUUCCAUCAACAUAAUCGUUCAACGUAUGUGAGCAAUAACAUUCGUCAGCACCACAGACAUGCUCGCAGGUUGCUGUUGUAUUUCUUCCGCAGUAGCGUCCAAACCGAGUUCAUGGUCUGCAGGCCUAUCUGAGGUAUCAGCUUGAGAUAGUGUCUUUUAAUAUCUCCAGAGCCCGAGGAUUUUGAAUUAUUUGCCAUGUUGACUUCAAAGAACAGAUAUGUAGCAGGGUGUAUAGAAUCUCACAGGUUUAUGACAUAAAAUAAUUAAAAACUAGCAAAGUGCACAGAGCUCGUCGUUUACAUGUUUGACCCUUGCAUGUAGUCGUGUGACUAACAAUUCUGUUUCCUUAACUGUCUGCAAUCAUAUUUUAGUUCAAAAGACCUCUAUGUGAACACUGGGGUAACUGUUGUCUGUUUGUAGGCAACCUCAAUUGUAAUUUAUAAAUGUACCUGUAUACAGUAUAUGGUUUUGAUUCAUUUUAUUCAUUUAUUGCACUAGAUGUUCAGGUUGAUUCAGGCAAUUAUGCAUGUAUGAAUUGUGCUUCUGUGUAUACUAUAUGAUAUGACUAUAUUAUACUUGAAAUUAAGAUUUCACAAACUUAGUUUACAAAUUAAAAUUUUUACAUUUGAAUUAUGAAACAGUUAUAGAUUGAAAAAUCUAUGUUUCUAUCGUUGUGUUAUUUAUAUGGAACUGAGCUUACAUUAUUGUUUCUUAAUUGUCUCUGUAAUGGAGCUAUUUUAUUUAUUUGUUUUGAAAAUUAUGCACAGAAUGUAUAUUGAAGAGUUUUGAUAGUUGUGGACAAGUGCUAUGGGUCCUGUUUGAAGCAUGAUGCAGAACUGAUAUUGAUACUCUUUGUAAACAACAGUUGUAUUGAAUCCUUAUUAAAAUAAGUAAUAAUAUGAAGUAAAGCUUCAAGAUUAUUAAUUAUUUAAGUUAAAGGUGGGGUAUGUGAUUUUCUUUUUUGACCAUUUUUUCAAAAUAACUUGAAAUCCUAUUCCUAACCCACUUACUGGCUGUAAAUUAGAAGCACUGAAAUGAAAAUUAAGCAAUUUAAUCAUCUGUGGAACGGGCAGGACUCGAAAAACUCCAGCCAAUCAUUUUCAAGACCAUCUAGAAUCAUUGGACAGAAAAUGUGUCAAUCAAACGGUCGUACCAUGCCCCC